AAUGACAUUUACAAACAUGUGUGAGACAUCAGACAUGUGUUGUGUUUAAAAAAUACAAGAAGAAAAUCAUUAAAACUUUAACUUUCAUGUUAGAAACUCAACAAUUACUCGUAUAUUCGUAAAACAUGAAGAAUUUAUGUUUGUGGGAUGUCUCCACAAGGAAAUAUUCAAUAGGAUCUACAAAUUUUUGUGCUAGCUACGGUCACCAUCAGGAAUCGUCAGCCGGUGAACUUUUUGUAUGUUCAUGUAAUCUACUUGUCAGCAAUUUUGAUAAUAGUGGUGAAAUUAAAUGGACAAAAGAUCUCACUGAUUUGGUUUCCGCGGAAAAUGCACCUGUUAACAUAACCUAUUUAAGCUUAGCCAACUGUGUGAGCGUUGGUCUCGUUAAUGGCGAAUUGAUCACAAUAAGCGACCUUGGAAGCAAUUGCGACUUGGCGGGCACAUGUGAAAAUGGAUUAUUGGCUAUGGAAUGGAGUCCUGAUCAAGAGUUACUGGUACUUGUCACCAAAGACUUAAAUGUAAUCCUUAUGUCUUAUAUGUAUGACCCUAUAAAUGAGUCAAAUUUAAUAAACAAUGAAUUUGGAGAAAAACAGUUUAUCACUGUUGGGUGGGGUAAAAAAGAAACUCAGUUCCAUGGAUCAGAGGGAAAGCAAGCAGCAAAAUUAAAAACUGAAGUUUUUGCGGGUGAGGAUAAUGAACUAAACAAUAAAAUAGUAAUAACUUGGAGAGGAGAUGGUACUUUAUUUGCUGUGGGUUUUGUCAUGGAAGGCAUCAGAAGGUUUAAAGUUUUUGACAGUGAUGGGAACUUGCAAUAUACAAGUGAAAAGCAGCCAGGUCUUGAAGCCAAUCUGUCGUGGAGGCCAAGUGGUAACUUAAUUGCAACUACACAGAGACUACCUGACAAAUAUCAAAUUGCAUUCUUUGAAAAAAAUGGCCUCAAACAUGGAGAGUUUACAAUACCUGUUGAAGAGACAACUGUUGUUGAGGAUUUGCACUGGAGUUUUGAUUCAGAAAUAUUAGCAUUAUUAUGUAGAGACACUAGUACAAACACCCAGAAAGUUCUGCUAUUUACAAGCAGUAACUAUCAUUGGUACUUAAAGCAAACACUAUUUUUUAAUGAAGGUCAAGCUAUAAAUACAAUUUUGUGGGAUAAUGAUUUUGAUAUAGCUAAUAAUAAAAAGUUGCAUAUAGUAUUACAAAAUGGGGAGCAUUACAUCUACACAUGGAUAUGGGGCACAGAUCACAGUAAAGGUAGAAGUGACUGUGAUGAUGCUGUUGUAGUGGUUAUAGAUGGGAAGAAAUUGUUAGUAUCAGCAUUUAGGUAUACAACUGUGCCUCCUCCCAUGGCAAAUGUAGAAAUUGAAUUAGACUAUGACAUUGAAUCAGUGCAUUUUGCGCCACAGAAUGAUACAGAUUUGAAUUCAAAUUCAUUUAUGGUUAAAACAAACAAACAAUUUAUUUUUCUAGAACAGUCUCUUAGAAAUCCAUUAAGAUAUGAAGUAUCUGAAACAGUAGCUUGUGAUAAUGUAAGUUUUCCAUUUAAAUGCUAUAAUUGGUACUGGUUAGAAGAUAAAACAUUUUUGUGCACAUCAGUUGACAAUGAUGGUUCUUAUCACUUAGUUCAAUACAGCAAAUAUGAUGGUAAAAUAAUACAAGAAAGUUCACAACCUCUGCCAUCAUCAGUAACAAGAAUACAAUGUCAUCCAUCUUUACCAUCAGUUGCAUUCUUACAAUUGACUACUGGAGAAAUCAUAGAGUACAGUUCUGAGGGUACUAUUACACCUCAAAUAUAUUGCUUUUCCGAGGCAUGUCCCAAGUUUCAUGUUUUGCAUGUAGAUGGUGUUGUCUACUUCUUGGGCCUUUCACAUAAAGGAUGCCUGUAUAUGAAUGACAAAAUAGUUCUAAAUAAUGUAAGCUCUAUAUCUGUUCACACUAGUUUUUUGUUGCUAACAACUUUAAAACAUAUCCUCCUUUGCAUUGAACUAACAAAAUCUGGCUUGAACUGUAUUGAAAAAUAUGAGAAAGUUGACAAUUCAGAUGUUUAUAAAAGAAAAAUUGAACGAGGAGCUAAGUUGGUUGUUACUGUCCCAAAUGGAACUAGAACUGUUUUACAAAUGCCCAGAGGAAACUUAGAAACCAUUGAACCUAGACCUUUGUCACUUAAAAUCAUUGGAGAAUACCUCAAUCAUUGCAAAUAUCAUGAUGCCUUCGAUUUAAUGAGGAAACAAAGAAUAAAUCUCAAUUUGAUUUAUGACCAUAAUCCUAAACUUUUUACAGAGAGUAUACCUGUAUUUCUUGAUAAUAUACAGAAUAAUUCAUGGCUAAAUCUGUUCUUGUCUGACCUUGAAAAUAUAGAUGUCACUAAAACUAUGUAUUCAAGUUGCUAUCCUGAGAGAAAAAAUAAUGUAGGGACAGCUCAAGGAAAGAUAUACAAUGUGUGUGACAUUUUUAUAACACAUAUAAAUAAAGCAGAUGACUAUGCUUAUAGAAUACUACCACUGUUAACAGCUCUUGUUAAGAAAAAUGAUCUGGAAAAAGCAUUAGCUAUAAUAAACAAUCUAAAAAAGGAAGAGUUGAAUAAGGUUGAUAUACCAGUUUCUUCUGAUGAAGCACUAAAAUAUCUAUUGUACAUGGUCAAUGUGGACAACCUAUUUGAUGUUGCCCUAGGGAUGUAUGAUUUUGACCUUGUUCUACUGGUAGCUAAUAAAUCACAAAAGGAUCCCAAAGAAUAUGUUGCUAUGUUAAAUGAAUUGAGUGAAAUGGAUGAAAAUUAUAAACAGUUUACUAUAAAUAAACACUUAAAGAGGUUUGAAAAAGCUGUACAAUGCCUUGCAAGAUGUGGACCAAACCGACAUGAUGAACUAAAAACAUUUGUUAAGUAUCACAGUCUUUACAGAGAAGCUCUAGCACUUUUUUCAGUUAAUGAAGAUAUAUACAAACAAAUGGCAGAUGAUUUUGGUCAUUAUUUAAAAUUAAAAAAAUUACAUAUAGAAGCUGGUAUAAUUUAUGAAAGAGCUAAUUGUUAUGAUAAAGCUGUUGAAUGUUACAAAGACGCAUUAGAGUGGGAACUUGUAUUAAAAUUAGCUCAAGAUAAACCUAAAGAAGAGUUUAAAGAAAUAUGUUGGGACCUGGCUAAUGCACUAAAGGAAGAAAAACGACAUAAAGAAGCAUUAAAAAUUAUAGAACAACUUGAUGAUGAAGAGGACAUAAUCAAUUUUGCUAUUGAGUGUGGUCAAUUUAAAGCAGCUUUACGAUUUUGUACUAAAUUUAACAGGCCCCAAUUAUUAGAUGAGACUUUGCUGCCAUCUUUGGUUGAAGAAUUUGCCAAUACAAAGGAACUAAUAGAAACCAAUUCGGCAAAUUUCGAUAAAUACAGAAGCCGCCUACAGAUAGUAAGAGAUACGAAAAGAAAUAAACCUGUCGAACAAUAUGACAAUAUAUGUCAUAUUGUUCGACAGGUUUAUGGUAAUAAAGACAGUGAUUUAUAUUCAGAUGCAGGUAGUACUGUUGCAUCUUCUUCUGGAUCUGGGCGCACUUAUCGUUCAAGUAAAAAUAGAAGGAAACAUGAGCGUAAAGUGGCAUCUCUAAAAGAAGGUUCGCAAUAUGAGGACACCGCUCUCGUCAUGGUGUUACACACCUUGAUCGUAUCCACAUUUGAAUUGAGGAUACAGGUUAAGGAAAUCAAUAUUGUGUUGUCUUGUCUUGGUAAAGACUCGGACGCUUUGUCACUUCAGUUAAGCUUAGAAAAAACAUUAAAAGUGAUGAAGGAGAGUUUCAAAGAAAUUUGGAGUAAUGAAUUUACAUUGGAAGCAACAAAUGCAGCUAUUGCAGCAGAAAAUGUACCAGAUGGGUGUAGUGUAAUCCCUCAGGGAAUGGCUACUCUAGAUUCACAUUUGAGAAUAGCUCCAGUAGUGCAAGAUAUUCAAUGGAAACUUGAUGGGCUGAACUUGUAAUACUUUACAGAUUUGGCAAUUUAUAUGUAUAUUUUAUGUACAUAUUAUUGUAAGUGUUAAUUUUAAAAUGUAUCAUAUUUUUGAAAUAUAAAUAAUGUACAUUCA